UCUGCCAAGCUCCGUCCUACUCACAGGGUGACUCCGCUCGGGCCUGCUGCCCCGGGGGGCGAGCAAGGUCCUCCUUCCCACGCCCCAGCAGGGGGUGAUGUACUCAUCCCGCCGUGGCAUCUACCAGCCAAGUUGGCAAGCGCAGCCCGGUGUCCCAGCCCUCCCCCGGUCCCUGAAUACCCUCGAAGUCCCUUCCCCCCAAUCAACCAGCUUUUAACAUGACAAUGGCCGUGACAAUACCCUCCAACCAAGGCCAGGCUGGGGCGGACUUAAAGCAUCCCCCCCAUCUCCCCCCAAAGGAGCGCCUGUCCGCGGGCUGCCGACAGUCUCGACGGUCACCUCGACUCAUGCUUGGGGCAGGGGGACCCGGCCCGGCCAUGAGCGCCCACCUAGCCACGCCGCAAUACCUGCUCUACCCCGGCGCGGCCAGGUACGGGGACUAUUACUGGCUCUCCGCAGGCGGCAUGGACAGCGUGCCCACCGAGGAGGCUCCGGCGCUGGACGCGCUCCCGCUGCCCGCGGCCAAGACGCCCAGUCCCUCAGUUGACUCUCCAGCUUCCUCCAGUUCUGGGACACUCACCCAGUACCACACCCCCGACUCCGCCACCAGCCCCACCGCAGUGGGGAGCCCGUCUCCCCACUCCUCUCUCCAGAAAGUCAAGGCGCAAGGCAAGGGUGUGGUGAAGACGGGUAAGAGCCGUACAGCCUUCUCGCAGGAGCAGCUGAAAGCCCUACACCAGCGCUUCCAGAGCCAGAAGUACCUCAGCCCCCAGCAGAUCCGGGAGCUGGCUGCUGCCCUUCAACUCACCUACAAGCAGGUAAAAACAUGGUUUCAGAACCAGCGGAUGAAAUUUAAGCGUUGCCAAAAGGAGAGCCAGUGGAUAGAUAAAGGGAUGUAUUUACCACAGAAUGGGGUUCAUCAGCCUGCAUACCUGGAUAUAGCACCCACGUUCCACCAGGUCUUCCCUGCCGGUUCCAGCAGGAACUUUCAGGCUGUGUCCAACGUGCACCAGGCUUACAGCAGCGGACAGACUUACGGAAAUGGGCAGAACCUGUACUCGUUCCCGUCUGUGGAGGAUGAGGGGCUCUUUGGAAAAGGUGGGACAAGCUGCAAUACCCAGCAAACCAUGGGUUUAUUAAGCCAGCAAAUGAACUUCUAUCACAGCUACUUUGACAAUAUAGAUUAUGUCAGCUUGGAGGUUGAAGACACCUUCAACUUCCAGAGCACCUCUGACACUGUCACACCAUUUUCAAGCUCUCCUAUACAGAAUCAAUGCCAGUUACCUUGGCAUCCCAUGGGGACCCAGAGUGGGUAUGAGUCUCAUGUUUGAGUAUUUUUUUCUCCCACCUCCUGUGUUCACCCAUGGGUUUUCCAGGGUUUUGAAGUCAUGUUCUAUUUGUUUUUCUUGCCCCUCCUCCACUACUGGUCUUUUAACUAACCGGGGUGGGGGGGGUGGGGGGCUCAGCACCCUGCCGCCUGGAGCUAGUUUCCUAUUUAAGUGUGCCUGUCUGUUCAUAGCUAACCCUUGGCAAAAAUGCUUUGGGUAUUGAUAAGUUUGAACCUCAUUCAUUGAGGCCAGUGUGCAAUGUUGCAGCUGUGAACAGCUUGAUCUGUUUGUUGUUCAAGUCUCACCUUCUUUGCUGCCUAUCUAGCAGGUGAUCUCUGAUCCUUGGCCUGUGUGUCUUGCAGCAGAGCUUCCACUGCAAAGGAGGUGAAUGUUUGUUAUUGCUGAAUAAUUUUUCAUUGUUUGUUUUUUGCAAUGUUACCAAGCAUAUUUUAUGUUAUGUUCAUGUUGUGUUUUAUUGGUUUUUCUGUUUAAUGUUCAAUGUUCUUAAAGUUAAUGUUCUUACAAAGUUGUUUGAAUUGAAAAUAAAUUACUUUAUUUUAAUAUUG